AUGGAUCACCGCUACUCCUCAUCGCGGUACACUACCGCUCGGCCGCGGUCGCCGACUUUCAAUCCUGCCAGGGCUUCGCUUCCCACCAGUAUUGGCUACAGUUCCAUGUACGGGGGUGAUAUCCAUGUCAUGCCCACGUCUUCGACGAGAUAUGCCUCUGGCAGUUCUCGAAGCCAUCAUUCUGGCACGCCCACAACCACGACCACUACCUAUGCAGUCACCAAAGACCCCCUCGCCCGCGGCCCAGGCCUGAGAGAAGCGAGCCGCAAUCGCUCUCAUCGCUCAUCGACCCUCGACUCUACCUCUGCCCGCCCAGUCAUUGUUACCACGACGACCCGACCGCCGCAGGCCAGUUCAUCGUCGCACCACUCGUCGAGCAACAGACAUAGCAGCCCGACUCGCGAUGAGUAUCGCUCCAGCGACUCGACAUUUUACACGCAGCCUGCGUCAUCCAUACGUUCCCGAAGCCAUCACCGCGGUGGCUCUUACAGCGCAACCAUGGACAACGAAGAAUUCACCCGCAUGCGCGAGCGAACCCUCGAUCCUACAUCGUCUAGGCACGAUUCGUACCGCCCUUCGAGGUCUUCGGCCAUUUAUACCAAUAUGUCCCGCCAUGGAAAUGCCCCAGUCGACAUUGGCGGCACGGAUGGCUACGAAUACACUACUCCAAGCGACUUGGCAAGAUACGAUUUGGAUCACACCCGGCCACCUUCACGAUCACGCAGGCGAGAGAGCAUCGACCGUGGCUAUUACCGACCGAGUGUUAAUGUUACGACAACUGAAAGCACUAGUCGUGCAUAUGAUGUUGGUCGACAGCGAGCAGGCCCUCCGCCCACCACCUGGGGCUUGGAUAAGAUUAAUCGCUCUUCCACGAACGUAUACGACCCAGCCCAAGGCUCAAUUCCUCCGGCAGCCCCUGCGGCGCCUAUCCAUCUACCAGUGCCCCCAAGCCCGACCAGCCGACGCUCCACUGGUGGUAUCCCUUCCUCCAUGGAUGUCGCCGCAGCAACUUCCGUAGCGGCAGCGACUGUCGCGGGAGCGGCUGCCUCUCGGCGGCCUGUAUCCGUGUAUAAUGAGGGGCCCCCUCGAUCCAGCCAUCACGAGGAUUACUACCGAAGUCGCGAUGAUGAUCGGGCUCAGCGGCAGGCCCGGGAGCCUGAUCGCAAGUAUGAUCCCAUUUACGGCAGUGGUGAUUACUACGAUAAUGGAGUCACCAGCCGUGGUUUCGGUAUCCGUACGGACUCAGCUCCCGUUGGCGGCGAUUUCGAGGACCGACGUAGAGAGGCACGACCCGAGUCUCGAAAUGGUUAUCGCCCAGACUCGCGCACUGGAUAUAGACCAGAGUCGCGCGGCGGCCCCCGACCAGAGUCUCGAAGUGGUCAUCGAACAUCUCCUCCGGAUGUCAAGAGAGGAUCCGACGAUGAAUCUAAGCGCCGGGACGAAAAGGAUCGCUCCAAGCGUGAUUCAGCCCGCCUCGAGACGGACAAGGAUCGCCAUCUGCGGCGGACUAGCACAGCUAACGAGGACGAAGCCGAGAAGAAGCGCCUGCGUGAUAAGUUGAGUGCGGGACUUGGUCUUGCCGCCACCGCGAUUGGCCUCGGCUCAGCCGUGAAGGAGAAGGAAAAGGAGAAGGAGAAAGAGAAGGACGAGCGCCCCGAAAAGUCGGAGCGGGAGUCCCGGGAGCCCCGGCGCCGAAGCGAUGAAGAGGAUUCCGGAGCGCGUGCUGCCGAGAGAUACAAGCCUCGGGAGGAGUCUCGGGACCCUCGUGAUCGUGCACCCGUCAUUGUUGAAACUCGCAGGGCCGCCGCCGAGCAAGAGGCAGAUGUCCGUGAUCGCGAAAAGGAGCGUGAAAAGGAGCGCGAUCGAGAGCGUGACCGAGAGCGUGACCGAGAGCGUGAUCGCGACCGCAAUCGCCGGGAUGCUGAAGCCAAGCUCACGGGCGAUUCUACAGCUGCACAACGAGAUGUGUCCCCGGAAGAUGACGAGCAAAAGUCGAGGCGUCCUAAGCGGCAGAUUGGCUUCAAUCCUACCAACACCAACGACAUUCGGGAAUUGAAGGAGCAACUGGCAGCCAUGAAGGAUGACAAGCCAGAAAGGGUUCCGGUUCCUGUCGACAGGUCAGACCGCGUUGACCGGUUGGAGCGCUCAGAACGUCCAGAGCGGUCUGAGAGAUACGAACGAUCCGACCGAUUGGACAGGCCUGAACGACCUGAAAGAGAUGAUAGAUCAGACAAGCAAACAUACGCUGAUCUUCCGUUCCGCGAGCCACACAAGGAGCCGAAGGAACGCACACCUUCACCCAAGAAGGAGUCACCGCCACCAAAGAGGGAAUCGCCCGUCUCACUCCCUUCGGCCGACUCGAUCGUUACUUCAUCUAGAGAUGAACAUCGCGACCGUGACCGCGACCGCGAUCUCACACCACCUCGUGACGAGAAGCAGGUCCGCGUCGUGUCUCCGCCUCGCGACAAGUCAGACGCAAAGCCUCUCAAGGGUAUCUUGAAGGCACCCAAGAAGUAUCCCGAAGAGGACAACCCAAUUCGUGAGGGUGUGGCACCUCACAAGGAUGACAAGAAACUGAGGGAAGUUCCUCCUGGUGCCCGAUGGACCAAGAUCAGCCGGAAGAUCGUAAAUCCUGAGGCCUUGACCGUUGGCAAGGAGCGGUUCGAAGUCAGAGACGACUUCGUCAUUGUCCUUCGCGUUCUCAGCAAGGAGGAGAUCCAGGCCUAUGCCGCCGCAACACAGGUCUUGAGAGAACGGAGACGUGAAGAGACUGGUAAGGACCGGGACCGCGGCGAUCGCGACCGGGACCAGGACCGUGGACGUGACCGCGAUGGCGAAGAUGAUGACAAGCGGAAGCACCGUCAUCACAGGAGGGAAGACGGCGAUGAUGACCGGUACGACGAGGAGCGCGACAGAGAGCGCCACCGCAGACACCGUCGAGACGAAGACGAGUAUGAAGACGACUCGAGGCGACGUGAUGACCAUCACCACCGCCACCGAGAGCGUGACCGCGAGACUCUUGCCAUUGAGGGCUGA